CUGCAGCUCAUGAACUCUGAAGAAAGGAACCCAGAGAGAGGAGACGCCAUGAGUCUGACUGCAGCACUGAGAGGAUUUGUUGUUGUUCUUUGCUGGUUUGCAGGGAUUCAUAGUCAAACAUGGGGAGUGGAAUACGCCUCCAAACGCAUCUGUGCCUUUGAAGGAUCCACAGUGGAAAUAUCCUGCACCUACACAUACCCACCCUGGAUAAGUUACAAGAAAACUGUUGUUCAGAGAGAAUUCUGGUUUACUAAACUGAAGGACAAAAACCCACUGGACCUGAGAGAAGAUCCUGACUAUGCAGGCAGAGUCACAUAUCACUUUUCUGAAAAGAGCUGCUCACUGAGGAUCAGUGGUCUGAGACUGAAUGACUUUGCUGAGUACAAGUUCAGGUUUGAGACAAACCAACCCGGUGGGAGUUCAACUGGUUAACCAGGAGUCUUUCUGACUGCAACAGAUCUCCAAGUGCAGAGUCAAACAAUUGAGGAGUGCUGGUUUAGUCAAUGUGCAUGGUUUGACAUUUUGUGCAAAAGCAGUUGUGUUCUUCCUCAUUCUUCCUACGUGUGGUACAAAAAUGGUGAAAUAAUCACGGAUGGAUCAGAACAAAAGUACUCAGCUUACAUUUACGCUGGAGACAGUGUUUCCUGUGCUGUAAGAGGACACGAGUCUUUCCACUCUCCUGUUGUGUGUGUUUAUGGGAGUUCAUGCAACAAAGUGUCUUACACUGAAAGAAGCAUCUGUGCCUUCAGAGGAUCAACAGUGACCAUUUCUUGUUCUUUUCAAAGUGAAAGCUCAGAUUCAUUAGAAUCCUGGUUCAGUGUUCGUGGUCAGCAGCACUACUACCAGAACACUGGAGGACAUGAUUCAUCUGAAAAUCGGUUUCAAGUAAAAAUGUAUCGAGAUCAAUCAAGUCUGACCAUCAGUGACCUGACAGACAGUGAUGCAGAUGAGUAUCGGUGUAAAACAACAUGGUGGGGCAGAGAUUUCCCUGGAACAACUCUCACUGUUGUUGAUCCUCGUAUGCAGGUGAUCCGGUCUGGACAGGAACUGGUUUGUCACAGCAGCUGCUUUCCUCUGCAUCACCUUUCCUUCGUGUGGUUCAUGAAUGGACAGGAAGUUCAGGGAGAAACUUCUUCUUAUUACAGAAAACCUGUUUCUCCUGAAGCCUCCUACUCCUGUUCUUACCAGGGUCACCGCUUACCUGAAGUCUAUGCUCCAAAGUCCGUUUCUGUAUCCAUGAGUCUGACUGAGAUUAUGGAGGGCAGUUCAGUGACUCUGACCUGCAGCUGUGAUGCUAACCCAGCAGCUAAAUUCAGGUGGUACAAAAACAACCAAACUCUGCUCCUUGAGGAUCAAAGUCUGAUCCUCAGGUCCGUCCAGCGUUCUGACUCCAGAAAAUUCCACUGUGUAGCUGAGAAUAAACUUGGAGAAGCAGCAUCUGACUAUGUCUUCAUAAAUGUGGAAUAUCCUCCAGAAACCUCCUCUGUGUCUGUGAGUCCCUCUGCUGAGGUCCUGGAGGGCAGUUCAGUGACUCUGACCUGCAGCAGUGAUGCUAACCCAGCAGCUAACUACACCUGGUUCAAAGACAACAGACCUCUGCUUUCAGAAGACAAAGUUCAUUUCUCCUCCAUCAGGUCUGAACACUCAGGAAAUUACAGCUGCAAGUCUGAGAACAAACAUGGACAAAGCAGCUCGACCCCUCUGCUCCUGGAUGUUCAGUAUCCUCCCAGGAUUCCCUCAGUGAGUGUCUUUGGUAAAAUCUCUAAGGGCAGUUCAGUGACUCUGACCUGCAGCAGUGACGCUAACCCAGCAGCUAACUUCUCCUGGUUCAAGAAGGAUGAAGACUCACCAAAAGCAUCUGGACCAAACUGGACCAUCAGUGAUUUAAGAGCUGAACACAGUGGCUUUUAUUACUGUGAAGCAGAGAACAGAAGAGGAAGUCUGAACUCCAGUUUACAUCUGAUUGAAGCAGAAACAGAUUCAUGGAAAUCAGCAGCAACUGCAAAGACCAUAAUUGCUGUUUUGUUGUUUGUCUUUCUCCCUGCCUUUCUUUGGAUCAGAAAAAACAGGCGUGUCACAGAGCAGCGGGAGAAGAGAGCUGCCAACAGAACUCAGGUAAAAAAGCUCAACACGAGUCCAGACAUCAACAGUCCAUCUGCAGAAACAGAAGCAGCAGAAGAGCAGCUUGAGCUUCAUUACAGCAGCAUCCAUUUCUCUAAGAACCAGGAGGAAUGUCUGUACUCCAACAUCAGGAGAAAUCCCAAACCCAGACAGAGACCAGAGGACAACUCUGUUGAAUAAUCUGCAGUUGGAUUCAAGAAAUCUGCUGAAGCUAAAAAAACAACAGAAGCUGAACAUUCAGAGGAUUUUGCUCUUUACAGCACCGUCAACAAAGUCUCAUCCUGAUGAAGGAAAAUCAGAUUUACCUUCACCUUCUGCUGUUAUUGACAUGUUUGCUUUAGUUUAGUUCAACAAUUCUCAAAAUAAGGAAAUUUCUUGGAGAAGACAGAAAAAAAUAUAUAGAAAUUGAUGCAAGAAGAUUCUCAGCUUGGUCACUUUUUCUCUUGAAUGAUUCAUGAAAAACACAACAAUGUGACAUAAGCAGCAGAACCAACUGUUUUUUUUAAUAAAAUUAUUUUCAGUUAAAAUUGUUUUCAUGGUUUUUUGGGGGGGUUUCUUUUAAUUAAGUCUUUAGAAAUAGAAACAUCUGCCAUUAUUGUUUUGCCGGCUUGGUCAUUAUUGCACAGACGAGAGGCACUAGAGUUCCUGCAUUGCUGUUAAUUUGGUUUUCUUUUCUUCAGACUUUACUCUGCAUCAACAUCGUAGAACUAGCAAACAUAAGUAAUGAAUAACUAUAGCACAUGAAUUACAUACCUUCACACAAAUAAUGCACAAAAGAAUACACCCCGGCAUGCCAACCCCGUGCCACAGUUGGCAUGCCUGCCCUAGGUUGCCGCCUCCUGACAUUUCCAUUUACCAUUAAAAGUACACAUAAUUAGUUCAUUAUAAGGAGAACAUGAUUCUUAUUCUGGUGUGACAGUACCUCCAUUUCACUGUACUUUGUACAAAGUAUGCAAAGAGAAUAAAGACUUAUUUUAAGUUUA